GUUUAUCUGUUGGUUCUGAAAAGCUCAUCAGCACUGAAGUGAAAGUUUUAAAAAAACAUUUUCUGUGUUUAUCGAUAAUUGAAAUUUCCUUGUGAACGCAGUGAGGAACUUAGUUCUGUUGGUUUUUGUGGAUUUACACAGAAAACUUUUCUCAGAAAAAUAAAUCAAAAGUUCGGUCAAAAAAGAGAGAAAAAAAAAUUCUCAAACUUAAAAACUACAGAAAUAAUCAACAGUAAUUGAUUGACUCUCUUUUAUUCGUUUAAUUAAUAAAAUCACAAUAGAAAAAAAUAUAAUCAUGAAUCAACUUGGUUUGGUAGCUAUCAGUCUAGUUUUGGUUGUGUCAUCAUAUGACGUCAUUACUUCCGCAGCACCAGCUAGCGAUGACUCUUCAGUGAAAGCCUUCUACGAAUAUUUGCUUAAUAGAGAAUAUGCCGAGCCAUUAUCCCUCGAUCAUACUAUGGAACGUAAAGGUGUAAGGUCACCAUCAAUGAGAUUGCGUUUUGGUAGACGAAGCGAUCCGGAUGUCCCAUUAAGGGAUAAUGAAAUCGAUAAUGAAAUUGAGCAGAAAUCAAUUAGAUCACCAUCAAUGCGACUGAGAUUCGGAAGAAGAAAUGAUCCAUUAAUGUCGUUACUUAAUGAGGAGGCGAUGCUUUACGGUAAUGAACCACUCAGUAGAAAGGCACAAAGAACGCCAUCAGUACGUCUCCGCUUUGGUAAACGCGACUCCUCCAUGCUUGACAAUGAAGUAAACGAUCAAAAUCGAGCUGACGAAACCAAUUAAGAAGCAUUAUCAUCAACAAUACAAUCACCCAACUUUCUCGCAUCCUGGCUUAAGUUCUCAAAACUCAUAUUCUCAAAAAACACAAGGAAAUUAAAAACAAUUAAAGCAAAUUAGUAAAAUAGAAAAAAAAGAACAGAACAAAAAAACUAUGUGAAUGCAUGAAGAAAACGAGAAAUAACAUCAACAGCAGCAGCAGCUCGUCGUCAUGUGAAUUAUUCUAUUAAUUUAUGCUCUUCAUUCUGUUUUGUUGCUGUCGGUAAAAUUUAUGUUCCAUUUUGGUGCUUAACAUGUACAUGGGGAAUAUGCAAAUGUAAUUAAUACCUUUAAGCUGAACAAUCAUACACAAUGCAGCUUACAGGAAGUUCCUUUUAAGUUUGUUAUUUAAGUUUUUUUAAAAAAAAGUUUUUAAUUCCGUUUUUGUAAAAAAAUAAGAAAAUUUUCGUUUGUAAUUAAUGCUUGUUAAGAACAAGAGUAUUUAAAAGAGCAUAAGUCAAUUGUUAGGGUGAAAUUUAACAGUUGUGUCACAGCACAAGUGCAAGAGUAAACAUUUUACAUGAUUUUAAAUGCUAAUUCGUUAUUUUAAGUGAAAACAUUUAAGAUUAAGGACUCUAAAUUACAGUUGCUAUCAAUGGAUAAUACAAAAACUUCCUGGAGGCUUUGAACUACUAGAAAAACAUAUUCAAAAUGUUCUGUGAUCUGGUGCUUUGAUUAGAGUUGUAGGACAUGCAACCAACAUCAUUAUCUGAGUUUCCUUAAGAAUGUUUAAAGAAUUAUCUCGAAGUUUGAGAUUUAAACGUUUACAGAACUAAAAACAUACUUCCGAGAUGUGAGUUCAAACUAAUUUAUGAUAAGAAACUAUAUAAGAUUGAGGAGUAAAAGAUGAACUUAAAUCAAAAAUGAGGAAUUCUGUAGCUGUCUGAUAAAUAUUUCAGAAAACUUGGUUUUAGAAAUAUUUUCAAGGUUGUUUAUAAAGACGCAUGAUACAUCCUAAGUAUUUUCAUACCAGACUACCGCAAAUUUUUGAUUUGAAUUUAUUAAGUCGCUUGUGGUUUUAAAGGUAGACAGAAAAUUUCAACCAUUUUUGAUUGUUUUAAGUUACACGAAAUACUUUUUAGACUAAAGGCGUUUUAGUAAACACGUUGAAAAUUAAAUACUUGUGCAGCAGAGCUGAUAAUGAUGAUGUUUUUUUGGGUUGUUCUGCCUUGGGUAAAUGAGGAAUUUUGUGAUUAACAAUCAACCCGCUAGAUUCCGAAAUUUGUGUUUUAGAAGCUGUAUGUCAAUAAUCAAGUAUGGAGUCAUUGUGGUUAGAUUUAUUGAAAGUUUUAAAGUUUAAUUGCUAAAGUAUUAAAUUGACAUGUUCAAGAAUU